UAACUUAAUUUUAAUUAAAAUGGUUCGUGUAAUAACACAAGAUACGUAUGAUGAAGUUGUUAAAGAGAAUAUUGAAGAAUUUGAUAUGACUACUGAAGAGGCGAUUAAAGAAGCGGUGGCACAGUUUGAGGCACAGGGUGUAGAUCUUUCGAAUAUUAUAAAAGACCUAGCUCUAAAUUCUGGAAACAAUCACCUCGUCAGUAUUACUGUGGAGAAGCUUAAAGAGAUUUGCCAAACUAAAGAUGAUGAUAAUCUUAUGUUAAAUGAAUUAGAUACAUUGAUGGCAGAAUGCAAAAAAGAUAUAGCACAUAGAAUAAGAGCUGGGAAAGAAGGUGCUUAUAAUAUUUUAAAUGAUUUGUUAGAAACAAAAUUCAGCGUUUACAUGCAGGAAAAAAAUAAACAAAAUGAAUUGUUUCUUAUAAAGGUUUUAAAGUGUUUGACAGUUUUAAUGGACAUGCAGCCUGAUUUACUUAAUGAUAAAGGCAUGGAAAUAAUGAAGAGUAUUUUAGAUACUGUGGAUAAUGAAAAUAUACUCAUAGCGACAUUGCAGUGGAUUAGUACAUGCUGUCUCCGCCAUGAAAUGAAUAGACAAGGAAUAUUUGCUAAAAACAUCACUGCUAAUUUAAAAGAAUUGCUGAAGAAAAGUGAAAACAAGAAGUUGCUAAGUGAAACAUUGCUAGUAAUAAGAAGAUUAACCCUCGAUGAUGACAUACGUGUGGAGUUCGGAAAAGCGCACGAGCAUGCCAGAGACUUGGGCGUAAAUCUUGUAGAAACUUUAGAUGAUCUGUUAAAAGAGCACCAACGGCCGCCGCUGGUGGGCGAGCUGCUGCAGACGCAGACGGCGCUGCUGGUGCGACACGAGCUGUGCGCGCGCGCGCGGCCCGCGCUUGCGGCGCUGCUCGCCGACAACUACGACGACGCCGCCGUGGCCGCGCCCGCCGCGCGCCUGAUAACAGCAUUAGCUGGUAACGACGAUGUGAAACGGCAGAUAGUUAAAUCAGGCGUCGUUCCUAUCAUUGUAUCGCUGCUGAAGAGACAUAACAAUAAUCCAACAACAACAGCGUCGAUACUGAAGUGUAUCUCAGCUCUGUGCCUUCGUGAAGCGUCACACGGGAAAAUGUUCAUUGAGAACGGCGCCGCAGAGGCGAUAGUCGAGAGUCUCAAUGUACACACAGACGUCGCUGCCGUACAGAAAAACGGUUGCUGGGCUGUCCGCAACAUGGUGGCUAGGUAUCGUGAACACAACGCGAAGUUUCAAGAACUGGGCAUCGAAGCCGCACUCAACAACGCGUACGAAAAGUUCGGUCACGAUUUCGGCUUCGAUAUCAAGUCGGCGCUCCGUGACCUCGAGUGCGACGUUAAGUUUGACGAGCAGUGGAAGGGAAAGGGGGUUCAGAUAGACCAAUAGCUGUAGUAAUAUAUAUUCAGUGCUAACAACCGUACAAUGUAUUAUAAUUUAUAUUUAUUGUGAUUUCACAAUCGUUUCAAAAUGUGUAUGUUUAUUCGUUAAAGUAAGUUGUACACACACAAGGAAAUGUAAACAAACAAAAAGGUUUGGUUAUUGAAAAUUCAAUAAAUUGUUGUAUUUUUUUAAAAUAAAAGUUACUCUAUAAAAAGCCAAUCAAAAUAAACUAAAGUUCAUGAAAUUCAUUAUUUUCGUUUGAUAUUUAUCGUUAAAGUUAUCGGUGUUUUUUUUUAUGACAUCGGUAGGUGGACGAGCAAAUGGGCCACCUGAUGGUAAGUGGUCACAUCCGCCGAUAGACAAAGGCGUUGUCAGAAAUAUUAACCAUUAGUUACAUCAAGAUAUUACGUCCCUUGUGCCUGUAGUUACACUGGCUCACUCACCCUUCAAACCGGAACAAAACAAAACUGAGUACUGCUGUUUGGUGGUAGAGUAUCUGAUGAAUAGGUGGUACCUACCCAGACGGGCUUGCACAAAGCCCUAACACCAAGUAGAUCUAGAAAUGAUAAGGAACUAAUUUAUUAGAAGUUUUUGUGUAGCACUUACAAUAGACUCUGUAGAAGGGUUUACUUAUAACAAUAUUCACUUUUACUAUUUAGUACUAUAGUAUACUAUAUUAAAUUUAAAUAUAGUAAAAACUAGAUUUUUUCAUGUCCAUCUCUCAAAAUUUUUGGUCACAGAAUUCUGUUUGUCUUUGAUAUUGAGUUAAAUUAAAGACAUUUUUUUUUAAAUCGGUUCUUUUUAAAGAAUUAUUAAUAGUUUAAGAUA